GUCUUAGGACAGGAGAAUUUGCCCAAUUUGUGUUUGUUUUCGAAUGACCAAGGUAACUGUGCAGUCAUAUGUACAGCAUUUGUCUCUUCUUACUUGUGGAUCCUGUAUAUUGAGGAGAGGAGAGGGAAUCGGCACAGCUGAAAAUAGAGUUAAAACAAUAGAUGACAGAAAACCACGAGCCUACUGUCUAGGGUGCAUGCAACAGUCAUUUAAAGGUCUCCAUCACGAGACAAAACGUCGUGGAAAGAAUAGAUUCUAUUUCUAUGGUGUUCUGCAAAUACUCACCUCCCCCUCUGUAAUAUGAUUUAAAUUGAAAUAUUGUAUGGAUAAAUCUAGUUGGCCAAUACAAGAAUGUAUAUAGGUCCUAUUGAAAAUCAAUGGUCAUUAUCAUAAUGAUAUCAAUUGUGGAUUUUAGUUUAUUGUUCCCAUAUGGGCAGGUUAUGGAUUUGAGUUUGAUUACUCUCAACUGACCCUUGCUCUUCUAUUUCCCAAACGUACUGUAAGAGCGCUUUGACUUCCUCGGUCUUGGUGACAUCACGCCGACAGCGCAAUAGAUGGAGCUGUGGAGCGCUUUAAUAACGGGAAUGCCCUUUCAGCCCGCUUGUUUGAGAUCAGUGUAGUCUACCUACCGAGGUGGAGGGACGAUGCCACCGUCUCGUAAUAACGGACAGUGCACGAACAGACCGCGUCAUCGAAAUUAAGAAUAUAAACCGUUAUUGAAACAGAUUGGGGAGAAAAUAAAGGGAAAGACAUUUUAUGCAAUUAAAAAAAUUAUCUUCUCCGAAAGAAAGGAAAAUACUUAAAACUGUAGGAACUCCCUGGUUCACAUCCACAAAAGUGAUUUUGUCAUUAUGAAGAAGAGCAAUUUAGCCAAACGGGGUCCUCAAGAUGUCAACCAGCUGUCAUCGCAGCCAGACAAAGUAGGAUGGAUCCGCAAGUUCUGUGGCAAAGGGAUUUUCAGGGAAAUAUGGAAAAACCGUUUCGUGAUACUGAGAGGAGACCAUCUGUACAUCUCUGAGAAAGAGGUGAAGGAUGAGAGGAAGGUCCAGGAGUUGUUUGACCUGGCUGACUACGAACGCUCUGAGGAGCUGCGCAAGGCCAAGAGUCGCAGUAAGAAGAACCACAGCAGGUUCACCCUGCUUCGCUGCAAGCAGCCUGGGAAUAUGGUGCCCAAUCUUGUGUUUUUGGCCGUUAGCCCCGAGGAGAAGGAGUCGUGGGUCAAUGCCCUCAAUACAGCCAUCAUCAAAGCCAAGAACCGCAUAUUUGACGAGGUCACAAUUGAAGAGGACAGUGUCCUGGUGCACCCUACACGUGAUCGUGCCAAGAUUCCCCAUGCACGGCGCUUGCCCACCCGGGGACACCUCAUGGCUGUGGCAUCCACCUCUUCAGACGGAAUGUUGACCCUUGACCUUGUCCACGAGGAAGAUGAUUCCACCCCAGAUGAUGAGGAAGAAGGCUUCUGGGAAAAUAACUUCCGGGUUGACCUAGACAAACGGACCACAGGUCGUCAGCGUUCUGGCACAGAUGUCUCCAAACUCUGUGUCACCAUAAGGGACCCGAGGGUACCCAAGACGGGCAGCCUGCCUCGCGGGAGCGAGCUCUCCUGGGGCCGGGCGCACCAUCUUGAGGCUCAAUCCCACACCCCUCAACCAGGGAAGAGGUUCAGUGCCCAGGGUAGGAGCCGCUGCGCCUCCAUGGACGAGGUCCUUUCCUCACGGCCAGUCAGAGGUGUCCUUCGCCCUCGCCCCACAGAUGAACCUGUCCAGCCUGUUGGACAACUGCAGAGUCUUAUCGCCCAGAAAAUGCAGAGGGCUCAGGAACUGCUGGAAGAAAUGCGAUUGGAGGAACUGCAACAUGCAAAGGGCAUUGACUCGCCCUAUCUGAAGAGCAUUGACUCGCCCCGCUUGCACCAUCUGAGAGGGUCUGAGUCUCCUCACUCCAGGGCCUCAGGCUCACCUCGCAGCAAGAAUAGUGACUCCCCACAUUUGAGGGUAAAAGACUCGCCUCGUUUGAAGGGGAAAGACUCACCUCGUAUGAAGGGCAAGAAGUCCCGCUCAAAAGGUACAGACUCACCCCAUUCAAAGAGUGAUGACUCUCCUAAUUUGAGGGGUAAGGACUCUCCCCGUCUCAGGGUUACUGACUCUCCCCGUCUCAGGGCUGCUGAUUCUUCCCGUUUCAUGGAAACACACUCGCCAAGUCUGAAGGGUUCUGACUCCCCACGUCUCAAGAACAUUGGUUCACCCUUUUCAAAAAGUUUUGACUCAUCUAGUCUGAAGGAUUCUGUCUCGCCUCGCAUCAAGGAUACUGAUUCUCCUGUUCUGAGGGGUAAGGACUCGCUAAAUAUAAUUGGCAAGAAUUCUCAGAGUCUGAAGAGUAUCGGCUCAACUUGUCCGAAGGGUGCUGACUCGCCCCGUCUGAAGGGUGCUGACUCGCCCCGUCUGAAGGGUGCUGACUCGCCCCGUCUGAAGGGUCAUGACUCGCUCCAUAGUAAGAGUGCACACUCACUUAUCAGUGACUGUGAUUUGGAGAGUAGACGGGCGGAGGCGGAGCGUCUUCUGCAGGAAGCCGUCUCCUCCUGGCGUCAGGCUAAGGAGGUGCUGGAGGAGGUGAAGGAGCUGCAGACGCAGUCACUAAACCGCCGCUCUGAAAAGAAAACAACAGAGAGGCCCCCAACACCGCCACAGGACUACAGGCUGGAGGACCAGUGACUCUGUCGCCAACACAGCUGAAAAGCAUGCUGGCUUCUCUCCAAACAAAGACAAUAAGAAAGAGCACUAGGGGCAUGGAGUACCUUCAGUACAUUUUCUGUCACGUUUUUUUUUGUCAUUACUUGCCAGUGUUGAAGCACAAAGCUUUUAGGGUUUACUGCUCAUUUUACACUGUUCUAUCUUGAUCCUUGUUUCCAUACCGUAUAGUAGUCAAAUUAAGCUGAGCAGGUAAUGACAGAAUUAUUUUAUUAGCACUGCUGUUUCCUUGCUGGUGUGAAUAGGUUAGAUGGACCUUGACCCCAUAAUAUGAUUCUGGGCAUUCGUUUUUGUUCCCUUUGUCAAAGGCUCUGUGGUCCACUCUGUGGAUGGAGGGAUGGGCGUCUGGGCUGUAGGAGCAGAGCAGAGCUUAAUCCUGGUUUGUGGAUGGGGGGGGUGACUCAGACUGAGAGGCAUAAAUAGGGCUAGAGUGGGGGUGCCGUGCCUCGGUGACACUGACACCCCCAAGGAAAGUCAUGCUGUUCAUGUAUUAUCCGCCAGAGGUCGAUUAGGUUUCAUUGCAAAAUGCUUUGUACUGUAAAUAUAAGCAUAAAAUGCUUUUUUAUAAUGGACAAAUGGAAUGAGAAUGUUUGUGUGGAAACAUUGUCUGAGGAGCAUUAUUUCAGUCUGAAAUGCAUAUAUGGAGAAGAUGCCUGGGAUUUCUCUCUUUCGGUAAACUUCAGUUAUUGACAACUUGCAGUCAAGUCCAAUGACCUUGAAACAUCAAGAUUUUCUCCAGUCAGAAACCUAGUAUUGGUGUUGUUGGUCUUCUCAGAGAAUACAAAGGCAAUCUUUCUCUUACUGUGAGCACGUUAUAUCCUCUUUCCCUCUGUGCCCUAAACCGAGCAAUACUAUUCCAGGGACAGAUUCAAGAGGCCCGUUAACAUUAUGCCAUCAAACUGAUUCAUUUGACAAGUUGGAUUCCUGACAUGUAUAGCUAAAACUCACAGACCACUUUUGAUUGCAAGGAUAUCAAGUAACGAACUGCUUUGCUUAAUUCAAUGCACUUCUAUUUUCAGGUCAUGUAACAUGGUCUCUUCCUUGUACCCUAGAAUUCCUCUAUUGUUUCGGUUAAUUGGGGUUCUGUGGUCUACCGAAGCCUGCGUGCGAGUGAUUCAGCGGAAGCGAGCAAGAGAACAUGCUCAUUAACUCUGAUCAGCUUCUGAGGAGAAAUGCUGUUAUGGGAUUAUAAUUGCAGGCGUCGUGUUGGGUCUCUGUAGUGUUUGUUGCACUUCUAAUCAGGUGGGAAGAUGAUUUUAACAGUUCUUCUGUCUCUCUUCCAAAAGGGGCACAGGGUAAUCUCACAACAAGAGGAUCAAUGAUUUAAUGAGAGAGAGAGAGAGAGAGAGAGAGAGAGAGAGAGAGAGAGAGAGAGAGAGAGAGAGAGAGAGAGAUGAUGAUGACAGCUUCUGAAAGGUUUUCAAAGCACAAAGAUGUUACAUUUGGAGAUUUGAAGAUGGGUUAGUUGCACUGCACUAUUUCAUACCAAAAUAGGGUGGGAAUCAAUGUUCUUAGUGUCAUGUCCUGGUUUAGUCACAUGGUCAGUAUUUCCCACCGUGCCAUUGGCUGACUGCCAAAAUAUGAUUCAUAGGUCACUGAGUUGAUAUUAACAUGCACAGUGCAUCUAGGACAGGACAAACAUCGCUCCAUUACACCAGGCUCACCUCACAUACGGUUACAAUCACUCAUGUGUGAUUGCGGUUUAUCCGUUUAUUUGAUUAUGUGUACGUGUGUGUCCCUUCAGCAGCAAUUAUAUGGGUUUGGUGCACAUGACAACAUGCAAUACAGUAGGCCUAAUGUUGAUAACGAAAGAGAUCUCCACCACUGCUUUGUAAUCUGAACUAAGCCAAAGACCAGUGUAUAGCAACUCUACCAGAAAGAGGUGAAAAGUGGUUCAAAUGUCUCAAGCAAUCUGCAUAAAUAGAUUUUAUUUACAGCAAUUGAGAAAUUACUAAUGUAUGCAUAAGUUAAAAAUAAAUAAUUUACACCGAA